AUGAGCGAAAAUAGCCAGCAACCACCAAAGGCAUCACGCUCUGCCUUGGCGUAUGGGACAAGUUUCCUUAUACUGAUCCAAGUGGUCUCACGGCUUCUCACAUUUGCCUCGAACCAGCUAGUGUUGCGCCACUUGUCCCCGGAAAUUCUUGGUGUUGCUACUCAUUUGGAACUAUAUUACAUCACAGUACUAUACUUUUCAAGGGAGUGUGUGAGAGCCGCAAUACAACGAGAACCUAUCUCUAACAAUUCCGCAAAUGUGGAUAAACAUAACACGGACAAAACUGUGGCAGCUGAGAAGGCGGACUCGAAACAUGCCCAAGAUGACGGCACAUCGUCCCAGACGGUGGUCAAUAUGUCAUACAUUGCUAUAGCCCUUGGUCUGCCCCUAUCCGGGCUUCUCGCAUUCUUCUAUCAGUCAUGGGCAACGAAAGAAGUUCUUUCAACACCUUACUUCCAGGAAAGUCUACGUAUAGUCAGCCUAUCCUGUAUGGUAGAGCUGACUACCGAACCCUUCUUUGCAGUGGUUCAGCAGCGAAUGCUCUACAAGGAACGGGCAAUUGUGGAGACCACCGCAGCUUUUGCAAGGAGUAUAGCUACUUGUGCUAUCUCUAUCUGGGCUGCAAGAGGUGGGUGGUAUGCAGGUGUUUUGCCUUUCGCCAUGGGAUACAUAGCUUACGCAGUUGCUUUGAUCUGUGGAUACAGCUGGCAAAUGGCGGCCACAUCAACAAAGCAUAACUACUCGUUUUGGCUCAAACCGAUCCGGUCCAGGAAUGCGGCAGAGUACAUUGCAAAUAGAUUUUCGCGCACCUUGCUCUGGCUGGGUGCCAAUCUGUACCUUCAAUUGAUUGUGAAGCACUUUCUCACACAAGGAGACUCCAUGAUUCUUGCAACUUUCUCAGCCUUGGAGGAUCAAGGCAUAUAUUCAUUUGCAUCGAACUACGGCGGCCUCGUUGCGCGCAUGGUCUUCCAACCCAUCGAAGAGAGUAGUCGGAACUUAUGGUCAAAACAGCUGAAUACGGCAGACAAAGACAAAAAUGAGCAUAGAGCUCAAAUCGAAGGCGCAAGGUCCCACUUUACUGCCAUAUUACGAGCAUACUCAAUCUUGGCUGUGCUGGCCUUGGGCAUCGGUCCAGAUGUUGUCCCCAUAGGUCUCAAAACUGUCAUGGGAUCACGUUGGAUAUCGGAAAAGGUGCACAGACUGCUAUCGGCAUACUGCUGUUAUAUUCCGUUCCUUGCAUUCAAUGGCAUCACGGAAGCAUUCGUAUCUGCUGCCGUUAGCCCUGCAGAUAUGCGGAGGCAAGCAGCUUGGAUGACUGUGUUUACGUUUUGUUUCGGAGUGGCCUCCUUCUUACUUCUCACUGUUGCGAAUCUCGGCGCGCUCGGUUUGGUACUUGCAAACAUUAUCAACAUGUCAGUUCGAACCAUGUGGAGUCUUUCAUAUAUACAAGGUUACCUACGGCAAAAUGGUUCUGAGCUCAAAGUCACCGACUUCAGUCCCAAUUUGCAAACAUUGAGUGUGCUUGCCCUUACAGCCAGUCGCAAACUGUUUGACUACAGACCAUUGGGUGACGGUCUCUACGGCAUAUUGGCUACGGUUGGAUUUGCCGCGAUGUAUGGAUUGGUAAUUCUAUUUCUAGAACGCGACUACAUAAUAGGCCAGUAUAAGAAACAUGUGCGCGGUAGAUAG